GGUGGACAGGAAGUAAACCACAUCUCAUUAAAGUUUUUAAAUUAAUAUCCCAGGAAUAACAGAGAGGUCACAUAUAUUAUUUACAAUUAAAAAAAGUACACGAAAUUAUUAGCAUUUCCUAAUUAGACGUAAUUGGUAAGAUGAAUAUUUGGUUCAUUUCAAAUUAUAAUACUUUUUUCGACCUGUCUGAUUCGAUUAUUUUUCUUCUGUCGAAAAAAACCGUGUCCAUCUCGCUGAUCACAACGCAUUUAUCCUUAAAGCAUCAGAGAGCUAGCUGUGUGUUUCUGUGGCUUUUGUGGCGUGACAGCCACCCCACGACAACUUUGUCCGCAACAAUCAUAGACUUUGUUUUUAUUCAAAAUGGGGUUUCUGCGGUACCUUCAUUCCUCACGCGCACAAUAGUUGCAGGGAACCACCUGGACAAUGCAGCCGUGGACUUGACAUCUAUCGAGAGCUUCAAGGCUGCUGCCCUGGCAUCCGCUGGGAGCCGGUAGGGUCGCAGCAUCGCUUCCCCCAACCGUUGCACAUAUGCCAGGACAUGGGAUGCAGGAGUGUAGCCUACCAGAACCAGAACCUGUUGUGUAUUCGUUGUUCUAUCGCUGUCUUAAUAUCUACACACACAUGGAUGGUGUCAUUAUUAACGUUACUUUACAUAAAUUGAUAAAAACACUAAUUUUUUUUCUUUUCAAUUUUAGGAUAAAGUAGAAACGUUUUGAUGAGUCCGGGAUGUGUGAUGCCAUGAAGUUUUCUGAGGUCGUCCUAACUGCGGGUCUGUUCAUUGCUGGUAAGUUAUGGUAUUUAGAGUUGUAAUUUGAAUGACUAAUAUUCGUAAUAGAUCGCCCUCAUAUCACUUGAGUAGGAUUUUUAUGGUAUGACAUUUAAUUGCGUAUAAUACGUCCCCGAAUUUAAAAUGUACAAUUUAAAAAAAAAAAAAAUUAUGAAACAUUAAAUGCAGUGGCGUAGCUGGGGGGGAGGGGGGUCCAAAUUUGAAAGUACCCCGGGCCCCUUCUUGAGGGGGGUCCCCAAAGGAGUGUCCGAAUUUAUUUUUUUACAUUAAAUAAUGUCGAAUGUCAAAACGCAGGGGCCCCUAAAGAGGCCAAGCCCCCCGCCCCCCCCCCCGGGCCCCCAAAUCCCUAGCUACGCCACUGAUUAAAUGUUCUAUUACAUGCUCAGACAUUAUAUUUAACAAAAUGUUGACUUCAAACGGUACCUAAAGAAUAGGAAUGAUUUGCACCGAGUGCUGCCCCGGGGAAGGGGGGGAUAAGGUACCGUGACUAAUUAAAAACUAUAAACAUGAGGUUACAGGCUUUACUUUCAAAUGAAAAGAAACUGGUUUAACGGCGAUUUAAACAACCGAUUUGAUCGGAAUUUUAAGCUGAUUUUACACCUUGGCGUACAUUUGCAUAUUCCUCCCCCCCCCCCUUUUUUAAAAUUAAAUACACUCUUAAAACAAUUACGUAUGUUUGGUUCCUGGUGUAUUUCACAUAAAAGCGGUUUAAUUAAAAAAAAAACACAUAGGCGACCUCGUUUGUAGAGAUGAAGAUUUGGUUUAAUGUAAUCUUUUGCGCUUUUUAACAUUUUAAAAAACGCUUAUUCUCAUCACGAUGUACAUUUAUCAUGUGUAAUUGCAUUUAUCAUGUGUAAUUGCUUCUAAUAUCCGAAAGUUUGAUUCCAAUAAAACAAUUUUUUUUAAAUGAUGCUUUUUUAAACGGUCUUUUUCUAUAUUGUAUUCUUUAAAGUCUAAAGCGUUUGAUUCUUAUAAGCCAGUGAUCUCAAUAAACCAAUGAUCCCAAUAAACCAGUGAUCCCAAUAAACGGCGUCUACUAUAAUUUCCUACUCAAUAAUUUAUGGUUUUCCAAAAAUAAUUACAUUUUCAGUUUGCGCUCAGCAGCAACCUAUCAUAGACAAAGAAUACGUUCCCGUUGGAGGGAUGUUUACAGUAACCUGUGAUGCCAGUCGUUUUCCUCCUGGGACUAUUCCUUCAAAUUUGAAUGUCAUCACCGAGUUGGGUAUGGUGAGAUUUGUGGAUGGAGGACGGAGAGAACCAAUCGCUACUUAUAGACCGUUUCCAAUUCCUGGCUUUUCUAAUGUAUCCAAGGUUAGUGAUUAGCUUGGAUAGAUCCAUGGGCAUUAGUUUGGAUAGAUCGAUGAAUAUAAGUUUGUAUAAAUCCAUGGACAUUAGUUUAAACAGAUUAAUGGACAUAAGUUUGGAUAUAUCCAUGGACUAAAUUUAGAUUUAUUCAUAGACAUUAGUUUGGAUAUAUCCAUAGACAUUAACUUGGAUAUAUCAAUGGACAUUUGUUUUGAUAUACGCAUAGACGUAAUGUUGGAUAUAUCCAUGGACAUAAGUUUGGAUAUAUCAAUGGACAUUAGUUUUGAUACAUAAACGGACAUUAUUUUGGAUAUAUCAAUGGACAUAAGUUUGGAUACAGCAAUAGAAAAACGUUUGGAUAUAUCCAUGGACAUUGAGUUCAGUUGUUUUCUGAGUGUUGUAAAAAAAUUAUUGAGCUUUCAUAAAAAAUGGACUUGUUGACAGCAAUGCGAAGUAGCCACAGACACAGACACAGAUUAGUAUUGGGGUUAAGCGUUUUGUUCUGUUUAGCGUAAGCCGAUAGAAACUUUCCACGAGAUGUGUUUUUAAGACAGCUAUUAUUGCAUUGUUUUCCUUUGUGGUUCGUAUUCAAAACAUUGAAUGAAACGGUUUCAGAUUUGAUCAUCUUCCACGUUUUGAACUUUUGACAAUUUUAGUAGUAAUUAAACGCUCAUCAAAUGCUUCUUCACAACAACACUAACAUCAAAAGAGAGAUAACUUAAUAAGGCUGUAUAUUACUCGAAGGUUAAUGAACUGAUCUCUUUAACGACUUCGACACGGUUCAAUGAAAGCAGACACAAGGCCAGUGAAAUAACUCAUUGUUGUGGUGCGUAGAGGAAUGGUAACCCUAAGUCUGACCCAGCGAGCAACUCUUAGAGAGAAACUCACACCAGCUGACCAUUAAGACAAAACUGGCUUGUGAUGGGAAUUCUUUCAAUGACUAGACUAAAAAUCAAAUGAUACCUUACCCAGAUGUUUCCCAAAGUUCCCAUCCGCACAAAAUGAGACACGAAAUAUGAUAAAAGAUUUUACAAAUUCAUAAAUCUGCCCCUGGUGCCUGGUACAGUGUGAAAAUUAUUUACUGGUCCGUUCCACUUAAAGGUUUGGACACACUGCCUCAGACCCAUGACGGACCUAUCUUAAGUAGUUUGCUAUUACAAGUGUCAAAUAAACCUACGCUUUAAAGAUGACUGUUGUUUUUUUUUCUGUUUUUUUUAAAAAGUUUUUUCCAACCGGAAGGAACUGGGCGGUUGAGGCUUCUGGUGGCGUUGCUUCUGGAGAUGACACGACCAACAAUAAAGUGACGAUAAAGCUAGAGCUGGUUGUCAAGGAUGCGAAAUGCUCUGAUGCCGGGAUCUACAGUUGCAAUGCUAGUUCCAGCAUGCCUGUUACUGGGACGGAACUGUAUGCCAAUUCUCA